CUCGCUCACUCACUCUACCCUGCCCUGACUCCCUCCUACUCCUUUGCUGUGUGUAAGACUGAAGGUGCCUUUCAAAAAAUUACUUUAAGACAGCCUCAAGGAGACGCUGAAGAAGCAAAGUGCUGCUCAUUGCUGGUCCUAUGAAGCAGCCUUGAAUAAGUAAAAGCAGGAGAGGCAUGGUGGAGAGAAGAAAGUAAUAAAAACAAAAUCAUAUAAUCACUAAAGCUUCUGGGAACUCAGUGAAAAAGAGAGAAGAUCUGAAUAAGAUUAAAUGAGAGCAGUGAAGACUUUGAAAGAAAGAAGAAAACAGCUACAAUAAAGGAAGAAUACUGUGACCUUUCAGAUCUGAAGAGAAGAGAGAACAAGAAGUUCAUAGCAAGAGGAACGUGUGUAUUUUGGCUCAUUUCCAUGAAGAGGAAGGUUUUGGAACAGGAUAAUUGCAAUUCCAGAACCUUGUCUGCAACUCUUUUUUUCUUGAUAGGAAUAAACUCUAAGAGAAGCAAGCAAUGAAGAACCUACUUUGGGCCGCCUGUCUUUCCCUGACUGUGGCUUUAGCCUCCAGCGGUGGAUACCCACCUCUUCCCCAGAUGAAGUACAUGCAACCAAUGGUGAAAGGCCCUCUUGGACCUCCUUUCAGAGAGGGUAAAGGACAGUAUUAUGGUGUGCCACCCCAACUACCAAUGGAAAUCAAAGGAGAACCAGGCCCACAGGGAAAGCCUGGACCAAGAGGCCCUUCAGGACCAACAGGAAUGCCAGGAAAACCAGGAGUUGGAAAACCAGGUCCUCCAGGACAACAGGGUCCUCAAGGACCACCGGGAUUUUCUGGAAUUGGAAAACCUGGACUUCCUGGGCUCCCUGGAAAAGUGGGGGUAAAGGGCCUUCCUGGAACAACAGGAGAAAUAGGUGCUAGAGGUGAACCAGGGCCCAGAGGUCAACCAGGACCACAAGGACUUCCAGGACCAUCUGGUUUAUCCAUGAAUGGAAAACCUGGCCUUCCAGGAGUUAAAGGCUCCCCAGGAAUUAGAGGAGAGCCAGGACAAAAAGGACAACAAGGUCUCCCUGGAGAACAUGGGAUAAAAGGUGAGAAUGGAAAUGGGAAGCCAGGUUUACCGGGGUUGAGAGGUCCAGAAGGCCAUGCUGGUUCACCAGGACCUCCAGGAGUACCAGGACUAGGAAAACCUGGACUAGAUGGAAUUCCAGGGGCAGUUGGACCAAAAGGAGAAAAAGGCUCACCUGGAGAACCUGGGUUAAUAGGAGAAACUGGGCCUCAAGGACCACAGGGGCUUCAUGGGUUAGAUGGUGUUGGAAAACCUGGUUUAGAUGGUCUUCCUGGAAUACCUGGUUCACAGGGGUCUAAAGGAGAACCAGGGAUCAAAGGUCCCCCAGGUUUUCCAGGUGCUCCUGGCUAUGGCAAACCAGGACUUAAUGGCUUUAAAGGUGACAGAGGGUCUUCUGGACUGCCAGGACUCCCAGGAGAUAAGGGUGAACCAGGCAUAGAUGGACAGCCUGGAGAGACAGGUCAAGUGGGUGAACAAGGUCUACCAGGAAUUCCAGGCCCCAUGGGUCUCCCAGGAAAGCAUGGGUUACCUGGUCAGAAAGGAGAGGAAGGGCCAAGUGGGUCAUCAGGGUCACCAGGGAUUCGUGGAGAUCAAGGCCCCAGUGGACUUCCAGGAAAGCCAGGGCUUAUAGGAGAACGAGGUCUGCCAGGACCUCAAGGUCCAAGUGGACAAAUUGGGCCAAAAGGAGAACAUGGUCAUAUAGGUUUACCAGGGUCUCCUGGAUUAUCUGGUGCACCUGGGACCAAAGGAGAACCUGGACUAGUUGGUUCCCCAGGACCCCGUGGCCUUUCAGGGAUCCCCGGUCUUCAAGGUUCUUCAGGGCCAAUAGGCCCUCAGGGAAUACCAGGAAUAAAGGGUGAACAUGGCCUUCCUGGACUUCCAGGAGAGGGUAAAGUUGGGGAACCUGGAGCUCCAGGACCAAUGGGACCUCCUGGGAAACCAGGCAUAUCAGGUGUGAAUGGCCCACCUGGACCACCAGGCCCUCCAGGCCCUCCUGGACCACCAGGAGUCUUUAUUAAUGGAGAAGAAAAUGGAGUAGCAGGGCUUCACCUACCGGGAACUGUAGAAGGGGCUACUGUGACAGGAAAUGGAAAGCCAGGAAAGCCAUCAUUUGGUCUAGGUGAGCUCUCUGCUCAGGUGCUGCCAGCCUUCACUGCCAUUUUAUCAACUCCUUUCCCACCUUCAGGAAUGCCCAUAAAAUUUGAUAGGACUUUGUACAAUGGUCAUAAUGCAUAUAACCCUUCUACAGGUGUAUUCACUAGCCCUAUUACUGGAGUCUACUACUUCUCUUACCACGUCCAUGUAAAGGGAACAAAUGUCUGGGUAGCUCUCUACAAAAACAAUGUUCCAGCCACUUAUACCUAUGAUGAAUACAAAAAAGGCUACAUGGACCAGGCUUCCGGAAGUGCUGUUCUCGAGUUAAAAGAGAAUGAUCAGGUGUGGGUACAGAUGCCUUCGGAUCAAGCCAAUGGCUUGUACUCUACAGAGUACAUUCACUCAUCGUUUUCAGGGUUUCUCCUGUGUCCAACAUAACAGUUUACUGACCAGGCAUGAAGUUCAAGCCAUAUAUAGAGAAUAACAGAAAAAAAUACGGCAAAACUAUGUGAAAAGAAAGGUGUGAGUAGUAAAGGAAGCCCAUACUUCUUUCUAAUGGCAGACACUGCCAUUUUGUGGCUGGUAUUUUGUCUUUAUUUUUGUAUUUUUAUUAUUAUAUUUUAUUUUGAGUUUGAUUGUUUGUUUAGCAAGUACAUUUUUGUUUGUAUUUUUUACUUUUUAAUGUAUUUUUUACAACCAAACUAAACAUCAAUAUCUAUGUGACCAAUAUUACUAUUACCAUGGUGACUGCAUAGUAUUAUUACAGAUUCAGUUACAGUGUACAAACAAGUUUCAAUAUACUGGAGACUGUAAGUCUAUACACAGUCAUGUUACAUCUUUGUAGUGUGGUUUCAUCAUAACGGUUACUUCAGCAUAACAUUCUUUUCAAAUGUAUAAUUUCUUAAUUUUGUAAUUCAUUAUACAGUAAUACUAUAAAAAUUCAAGAAUUUUCAGUUGAAUGGUUGCAAAAUGCAAUGGCUACAUUAAUGAAUGGUUGGUAUAGACUGAAAUUAUUAUUUAUCUUGCUAAAAGGGAUGCAGCAAGAUGUGAAAAUAAGGAUUUUAUUUAUGAGAGGAGAAAUUAAAAUCACUAUCAACAUAAAGUUGUACUGAGAAAGAGCAAAUGGGGCGUUUUUAGGAAAACUAUCUGUUAAACGAUAUUGCUGUGGCUGUAAACAGAACACAUUUUACAGAGUAAAUGCAUAUUUUAUUCUGACUUAAUUUAAAUAAAAUAAAUACCAUAUGGCAUAUUUAAAUCUAAAACUCUGAAGUUUGUCUGAAACAAUUUCAGUAGCAUCAUCAAACAAGGGUUAAUAAAUUUAAAUGGUACUAGUACAAGCAAGCAUAUUAAUGACAGCCCAUCUUGGGAUGAUUUCUGCCCUUGUGCCCAGCUGUCCUGAAAUAGGAACCCAGCUCUAAACUAGGGUUAAACAGGCUUAAAGAAUGGAAUAAGGAAUGGAAAAAAAUAACUAAUGCAUUUGCAUUCAGAUUUUUUGCAGAUCUGUGGAAUUUUCACUUUGAAAGAAAGGUGAUGGCUAAGUUCCUAAAAUUCACCUCCUUUAGCUGUUAUUUGGAUUUCAGUUGCACAUGUAAGACACAUAUUUCAAAAAAUAAAAUCUGCUUCAAUUAGCAAUAUAAGGCACAGAUCAAAAUAACUCUGCUUAAAAUAAUUACUCAAGGUAAGCACACUAGGGUGAGAUGAAAUAAAGACUACAGUGCUGGUAACUAACAUAUCAUACAGUGACUACAAAGCAGCUACACUUGAUUAAAGCAACAUACUGUGACAAAGUUCCCAAUCCCACUCAAUUACAGUGACAUGUUAACUUAUCAUAUGGAAUUUUGAAGAAGGUUUUACUUCAAAGGAUUGUUAUAUUCUGAUCAUUUGAUGAAAAAUGAGAUUUUUUUUUACAUGUAACUUUGAUAAAAACUUAAAAAAUUAACUGUUUUAGUACUUUAAUCAAUAGGCAGUACUUUAUUUCCUGUGUUCUUGUUUUUAAAACAGGACCAUUUACUCACUUAGACAAUCUUAUUUAUGAUGUAUGUGCCAAUGGCUGAAUCAUGAGUCUUUGUGCAUUUAAUACAACAGAAAUAUGUUACACCCUAUAAUCUGGUAGUUUCUGUAUUCCACAAUAGCAUGUUAAAACAUGUGUUUCCCUUUUUCAUUUCUCAUAAAAGUAUGGCAGAGAAUGACAAUACUUUUACGAUUUCACAUUUAAUCUUAAAAAAAAAAAUGCAACAUAUUUUCUGAUAUUCAAUCUUCUCUGCCAAAUUUCCUUCAUGAAAUGUAACCACACCUUAUUUCCAAUAUGAUGAAACUCUUGGCUCAAAAAACAACUCUGAUCUUAAGAGUCAGUGAAAUCACUACAAUUUAUGCACACAACUAUUGUCUUCUAGUAAGCCUGAUUAGAUAAGGAGAAAACCAUGUACUCAGCUCUAAUUCACUCAUUCAAUUCCAAACUGAGUGGGACAGUUUCUCUAAAUAUGAAUUUACUCCCUUUCAUUCUGCAUAAUAAGACAAGUAAAAAUAAACAUUUUGCUUCCCUGAAGUCAGUACGUAAUGAUUUUUCUGAUGUUUAUAUUGUCUUUUAACUUUUUUUGCAUUAAUAACAAUCUCAUGGAAAAAAGGUUUACCUGUGGGUCACCACUUAAAUAAUGAAUUAAGAGUUACUGGGACUGAUAUGGUACAAAAUAUAUGCCAAACAUGUUCUGAGAAAUGUUGUUAAACUUUCAUGUAAGCACCCAGUGCAUCAAAAUUCAAACUUGCAUAUUUGUUAUUCUGAUUAAAGCCAACCUUAAAAGAACAUAAACAUGAAAAUGCCUGGAUAAUGAUUCCAUAUGUCUUUUGGUUGUCAACACAGCUGAAGCUGUGUAUCACUACUGACACCUGACAGGAAACUUUAUGUUUUACCACACCUGUAUAAUAAUUCAUUACAUGUGUCUGGGAAGAGAUCAUCUAUCACUGUAUGCAGUGCACUAUAGACAGUGAAAAAGGAUGUGCAAAAGUAAGAUUUAAAUGUAGUUGAUCCCAUCAUAUCUGAAUCAGUAGAUUUUGUUUAGUGGUAAUACACGAACAUGCUCUACUGCUACAGUGGCUAGCAGCAGAUAUUUCAGCAUCUUUUUUAGCCAAAACACAGUCCAAUAUUGGUCUAACCAAAAUGGAAAAUAGCUCAGUAUAAAGUGAAUUGCAAAUGAGUAAUUGUCUCCAGCAUCAGAGAAGUUUCUGCUUCUCUUUAUAAGCAUUCCAAAGGCAAAUUAAAUCUUUUUGAACUGAAAGCUAAAGUUUACACGAGAAGAAACUCUCAGAAACCACAAAAGCAGAUUAUAGUGGGCGUAAAUGUUGGAUUGGCAUGGCAUCAGUUACAAGUCCAGUAUACUAACAAUUCACAAGGAUAUGGACUUUGUGGAGACCAUCAUGAUUAUUUUUCACCUGUGCUUUGUGGCUUAAUCUAGGUUAUACCAUGAAUAACCAAUGAAGACACCAUGGGUCUGGUCUUGUCUUUUUUGAUACAAGACUCUUGUUCAAUUGAAGAGACAAUAUAAGCAAGUGCUAUUUUUCUUGGGAUGCUGCAAAUAAAAUUUGCAUUAAAACCAUGUGUGCGUUAAAAACCUAUUGACUGCUUUUACAAUGUCAUUUAAGAAUAUAAUUUCUAGAGUUCUGAGCUCAUUUUCAUUUUGCCUGAGCUUUCACUUAAAAAUAAAUCACUACACGUAACACAUAACUGAUCAUUUGUUAUUUAAUGAAUCUCAGUGUUCUGCAAUGAUAUAUUUUAUUUCUUUUUUUCUGCUACAAUUACACAGUUCAAUUGCUUCUAAUGUUUUGUUUUUAUAUUGUUACCCUUGACUGUGAUAACAUUUUAAAAGUAUUUAUUUUUACACAUAACUAAAUGGCAACUCACCCUUUCUCACUACUAAGAAAGAAAUGUUUGCCAUUUAUUGACUUAAAAAUACACGAUAUAAGCAGUAGAAAAUAAGUUUUAAUACAAAAUGAAUGUCCUGUAGUAUAUGUGGAGGAGUCAAUCUUCAAACAGUGAGUACAAAAGCAUAUUUUGUGUGCUGGCAAUAAUAAAAUACUACUUGGCAAGUGUUCCUAGCGAUACAGCAUGGGUGUCUCUUUAAUCUAAACAGUCUAAUGAUCUACUGGACAACAAAAUCUCAAAAAUUAAGGAAAAACAACAAAUGGCCGUCUCUGAUAAAAGAAUGGAAAAGCUUCUUCACAUAUGAUGCUUUUUAUAACUUCCAAUUUCUUUCUAGAAAAGAAAACAAUUUUAGAAUUACUAAAUAUUCAGCUUGAUCUGUCUGUUAAGCUUUUGUAGAGUAUAGAUUAAUUAAAUUUUCCAUACAAUGCUCUUGGAAACUGUAAAACACACCCAUUCAUGAUAUCUAAGGUUUUGGCAAGUUUUUCCUUCUCAUUCUUCUUUAGUUUUAAUAUUGAAUAGAUACACAAUUUACAUUUAACCAUUUACUUGGAUUGCAAAAUAUCAUAAUGAUAUCAUGCAUGGAAGUAUAAUGGUUUGCUUUGCUGCAAUUAUUACAUACAUAGUACUUACAGAAUUAAAGACUACUUUAAAAGCAACAUCUGAAAAAUGUGCCUUAUUAAUUUUUUUUAAUGGGGAAACACUAAAUGUGUAAUAGAUUUAUAGUUGCACAGGGAAAGACUUCUGAGGGGAAUUCAAUUCACAGGUCAACUAAAUUUGUCAGAAGUUUGUCCACAGAUUCAUGGUAAAAUUUGUGUAACAAAGAAGAACUCAAGUUUUUGCUAGGUUGCUGGAUCAUUUAAUUUUAUGUAUUUUCUUUAAAGUUUAUGAAAAUAACAGGAUUUUGUAAAUAUUUACGACAUGCACUCUCUGUAAUAGGAAUUGGUUUGAAAAUGCACUCCUUUGUUUAUUUGUGAUUGAAACUGUAAUGUUCUGUUAAAAUUAAAACAACACUUGAUUGUAUUGAUACAAUAUCAAUAAAAACUUUCUACUACAAAA